GCGCAUCUCUAUUGCGAUUGUCAACAUGCCCGAGAAUCAGGCAGCUGAGGCAAAUCACAUAGAUGCUGUGAAAGUACAAGGACGGUUUGGCGUUUAUCAUUGCUACAAAUUCGGAAAAAUGACACUCCGCUUUAGACGUGAUUGAAAAUUGGAGAAUAUAUAUAGCUGUCAUACUCUCGCAUGAAUAGCUUCUCGAGCAUCACCAUCGCCUUCCCUAUGGCUAUUCUUCCCGGCUUAUUUUCCUCGUUAAUUCACGUCAAUGUUGUCCGCUAUCUAACUAUUUCAGGAAUAUCUGUCCUUGUAUAUGACACAUUGCUCAUGCUCGCAGACGAUGUUCGAUAUGUGUGGACUCCUCUUAUCCGGUACAUUUCUGCAUUGAUGUCAAGACACGGGGAACAUACACAAUAUCGAAUGGCUUCAAUUUUGCAAAAGCUUCUUGUUAUAUUCAUUCGUUAUGUCAUGCUGAUUAUAGCUUCUCUCUUUUUGUUUGCCAUAACUCCAUCAGUGGACGCCACUACAGACUGGUGUCGGAGCGUUUUUUCAGCAACAAUGAGUUGUGACAUUUUUAUUGAAUUGAUCGGCUCAGGCGUUGUCCUCUGUCGCCUUUUCUUACUCUGGGAACUCGAUCGACGCACAAUCCGAAUCAUAACCGGAGGACUCAUAAUCGUUACCCUUGUUUCUCUCUUUUCUACAUUUGCAGCUAUUGCAGAAGCGAGAGAUCACGUUUUAUUUGUGAAGAUUUCCGGACUUCGCAUUUGCCACGAGGCAGAGAUUCAGAGGAUUGCCUUAAUUGCCUUAAUAAUUGCGUUUAUCUUGGACAUUACUGCACUUUUCCUUCUUGUCUUCAACGCACUUUCACGUCCUCGACUAGAGAGCCAGCGACUAUUCCAAAUUUUGUACGAGGAUGGGCUUUUUUUCUUUUUGACUGUACUCUUAAUGAGACUUUUGAACAUUGUAGUCAUGUCUUUUGCCCAAGCGGACCUUUUCUUCAUCGCAAUAAUUUUUUCCGGUACAAUGGUGACAACCGUAACCUGCCGGUCCCUUUUGAAUCUUAUACGUCGAAAUGGAAAUGAGUACGUUUCUUACAAUGAGUAUGAGGACAACAAGCUGAAGACAGAUAUUCGAUGGAGACGAAAUACCAAAGUGGUUCUAGUGGAUCAAAGGGGUGCUUGUAAUGGUGAUUUGCUUGAAAGCGCUUGGUUUGGGCCAUGGUAGUGCAUAAU